UUUCUCCGAAAUAGUUAGGGGACGACUUAAUAGAAGUAGAAACAAACAAUCAUGGCGGACACAGCACCUACUCUGACGGUUGGAGGCGACAGGACUACUGGCCAGUCUGUUAGGACACAAAAUGUCCUAGCAGCAAGUUCCAUUGCCAACAUAGUGAAGAGCAGUCUUGGACCAGUUGGUCUGGAUAAAAUGUUGGUUGAUGAUAUUGGAGAUGUCACCAUAACAAAUGAUGGGGCAACAAUUCUGAAGCUGUUGGAAGUGGAACAUCCAGCAGCAAAGGUCCUGGUGGAACUGGCUGAUUUGCAGGACCAGGAAGUGGGAGACGGCACCACUUCUGUCGUAAUAAUUGCUGCUGAGCUUCUAAAGAAUGCAGAUGAGCUGGUAAAAUGUAGGAUCCACCCCACAUCCAUCAUCAGUGGAUACAGACUAGCAUGCAAAGAAGCCUGUAAAUACAUCCAAGAACACUUGACGAUCAAUGUUGACGAGCUCGGAAAAGAAUGCAUCGUAAAUGCUGCCAAAACUAGCAUGUCCAGUAAAAUUAUAGGAUCUGAAUCUGAGUUCUUUUCCAAUAUGGUUGUUGAUGCAGCCAAUGCAAUCAAAACUGCAGAUGGGAAAGGAGGCUAUAGAUAUCCAAUCAAAGCUGUUAAUGUACUGAAGGCUCAUGGGAAAAGUUCUAAAGAAAGCUUGGUGAUUCACGGUUAUGCUCUCAACUGCACAGUAGCUUCUCAAGCAAUGGUAAAGAAAAUUGUUGGGGCCAAGAUAGCCUGUUUAGACUUCAGUUUACAAAAGGCAAAGAUGAAGAUGGGUGUUCAAGUCCUGAUUGAAAAUCCAGAUCAGUUAGAUGCAGUCCGGCAAAGGGAGUAUGAUAUUACAAAAGAAAGAAUAGAAAAGAUUUUGGCUGCUGGAGCAAAUGUUAUUCUGACCACUGGUGGAAUUGACGACUUGUGCUUAAAAUACUUUGUGGAAGCAGGGGCCAUGGCUGUAAGACGGUGUAAGAAAGUGGAUCUCAAGAGGAUUGCCAAAGCAACAGGAGGUCAACUAGUGAUGACCUUGGCUAACCUUGAGGGAGAGGAAACGUUUGAGGCCUCCAUGUUAGGAAAUGCAGAAGAAGUUGUCCAAGAUCGUGUUUGUGAUGAUGAACUCAUUCUUGUGAAGGGUCCCAAGGCACGGACAGCAGCCUCUAUUAUUCUGAGAGGUGCCAAUGACUUUAUGUGUGAUGAGAUGGAGCGCUCUGUCCAUGAUGCUCUGUGUGUGGUAAAACGAGUCCUGGAAUCUAAAUCUGUUGUCCCCGGCGGUGGAGCAGUGGAGGCAGCAUUGUCUAUAUAUCUGGAAAACUUCGCUACAUCAUUGGGAUCGAGGGAACAGCUAGCCAUUGCUGAGUUUGCGCGGUCUCUGCUAGUGAUCCCUAAACAGCUAGGAAUUAAUGCUGCUCAAGAUUCUACAGACCUAGUGGCCAAGUUAAGAGCUUACCACAACAUGUCUCAGACCAAACAGGAGCACAGGGACCUCAGAUGGGUUGGAUUGGACUUGUAUCAGGGUACAGUGAGAGACAACAAGAAGGCUGGGGUACUGGAACCUGCGAUGUCAAAAAUCAAAUCCCUCAAGUUUGCCACUGAGGCUGCUAUCACUAUUCUUCGAAUAGAUGACAUGAUAAAACUUGUGGAUCAAAGUAGAGGAGGCGGCAAAACUUAUCAGGAUGCUCUGAAUGCCGGGGAGUUAUAGGUCAUGAACAAAUCUUACCAGGACACUUUAUUUACUGCAGAGUUAUUGACUUCAUUGUGAAUAAAUCCAUGCUUUUUGAUGAUCAAGAAGUGAUUUACAUCUAUGUAUGCUUGAUAUUGAAUAAAUGUAAUUUAUCCCU